CACUCGUAACUUAAAACAGGCUACGGACAGGGGUCAUUGUGCCAUGCCUGUCAAGAAACAGAAACAACAAAAAUAACGUUAUUUUCGAAAUGGGUGAUAAAAAUGAUUGCCCCAAUAUUUUGUAUAAAUCGACCCCGCCUCCAACAAAUAGAAAAGUACGAAAUCCCUUCGAUAAAGCUUUGAUUGAUAAGUUACACAAGCCUAUAUGCAGUCCGGGUAUGUGCAAGAUAUAUAAGAAGAAAAGCAAUGGAUCUUUCCGCUGGGAUAUAGAUCAGGCGUGUACCCUGGUCCCAGCAGACAUAGUCGCCUGUAACAGUCAGUUUGAGCCUACACCUGACCCUGCUUUGGAGAAGAUCGCUGAAGAAGCUACUGAUAGGUUUUUCUCUCAAGAAAUGGUGAUGCCAAGUCCAUUAAUUGAAUCAUCUAAGAAGUUGAAGCCUUUACAAACAUCUACUGAAUCUAGUAUGCAUGUUGAUAGUUUGAUAAAGGAAAAGAUAAUUGUCACAAAAGAAGUUUCAGCCCAAACUGUUCUUACUUUACCACCGGAACUACCACCAGAACUUGAACUUCUGCUGCAGCCAUUUUGUACUUUUACACAGGAACAGAACAUAUCAGGUGAAUAUGAGAUCACAGCUAACGGGUCAUUGCGAAGGAAGUUGUUUUUCGAGGAGCAUAGUGAUAUGGAACACUAUGACUCUGAGCAGACUGAUGAUGAGCUGCAUGUGGAGCAGCGUCCACCUUCGAGCUACGAGGCUCACACGCCUGUGGUGUUCAGUCCUGAUCUGAGCCGCGAUUUUGUAACAAAAGGCAUGAAGCGCACUUUUGGGACACCAUUGAAGAAGGGCCCGUCUAGUAACAGCAAGCCAUGCUACCGCAACAAGAUACUGGAUGUCGUGGACUUUGGCGAGCCCUGCUUCAGUCCCAUAGAGUUCCGCACACCGCGCCGCACACUGCAAGGGUCGGCCACAUCGUCUUCCUUAGCGUCGAUCUCACCUGUCACUAAAGCAACUUCCAGUGAUGAAGAGAAAAACAACUUCACAUCGCCUGAAUCCGAAGCUAUGGCCACUUGUCUGGACUGUAUUGCAGCGGCGCCGAAGAGCGAGAAAAAGGGUCCCUGUUUCUGUAAAAUGACGCCAAACAAAAUUAAAAGGAGCACAUCACUUAAAGAGUCUCCACAAAAGAAUAGGAAGAGUUCCUUUUCGUUUUCCGAGAAGCGCAGCCUCAGCAUGUCCAGUCUGCAUCGAAGUCGCUCCGUUCAGAAAUUAGACUUCAGCAUGGACAUGAGUGUUGACGGAUCCUUCCACAACCAGUCGCAAGCGGACUCCGAAUCAAGCUCCCCGAAGAGUAAAGAAGCAACUUGGUCUAUCGUCGAAGAAGCCAGUAUUCAGCAUUUAGUGAAAGUGGAAACAGAAAAGAGUUUGUCUAGCGAGAUGCAGUCAUCUACUAAAAUUCAUAGCAUAAUCGCGAAUAUAGAUGACACGCCUAUAAAAGGCAAAUCCAAGAGCAACGCACGCUCCCAUGAAAUUAGUAAAAUUCGUGCGCCAAUGAUACUCAGUCCAUUGCACAUGUCUCUAGAUAAUAGUUUAGAUAGUUCAGAUAACCCGCUUAAUUUGGAAGAUAAGAAAAUAGAUUUUAACAGGGUUGAUCUCAAAUUAUUGACUGAAAAUAUAUCACAAUUUGAUUAUACUGCUAAUAAUGUAACCAAAGCGACCGGUGAUAGCUCAACUAGUUUUAAGAGAGUAGACAGUGGAUUUAAUGAGAAUACGUUUUACACUAACGCCUCUAGUUACUAUGAAAGUGCCAUAAAACCCUCCGAGCUGACGGUGACAAACAUGUCUAAGACUAAUAAUAAGAAUGCCUUGAAAGAGAUAUCUAAUGUUAAUUGGAUGAGAGUUGAUAGUGGUUUUAAGGAUGAAAACUCUUCCGACUGUACUCAGUUCUAUCCCGCGCCAGAAAGUUCAGUGAAAAAGUUGACAACCUUCCAUUUCUCCGAGGCCAAAUUGGAUGAUAAGGAAAACGUGGCCACUGAGGACUUUGACAAGUUUUUCGUUCAGUCUGCUAACACAAAUGAAGCUAUGUCCAUGUCUGACAUUUUCACUGACGACAUGACGUUUAAUUGCAAUUUCUCAUCCACUCCAUCUAAGAAUAAGACACGUAAAGUGCAUUCAUAAUCUUGUUAAUUUUAAGUUGUUUUUUGUAAGACUAUGAAUUUUAUAUGCAUUUACAAAGCUAGAUAUUUAACGCCUAGGUUAUUUUUGACUUUACUCCAUUAUUGUGGAUGAUUUAUAGAAUUAUCAAUUGAUUUUGUAAAACGGGAUAUGAUGAAGGAGUAGAAUAUUUUUGCAUGAAAUAAUUAUUUUUGUGAUUUUUGAGAUGUGUGUUUACUUGGGUCAAGUAAAAUUAAAUAAAGUUUCAAGACUGAAAUAGAAAAAAA